AAUGUGCGCAUGUAUACGGUUCUGUCUCCUUUCAGUCGUAUCUCAGCUUUCGAAGAAGCAAUAGGUUGUUAUCAGUAAAUUUCUUACUUUGCCGGCUCCGAAGUCAAUAAAACGGUGUUUAGUGCCUUAGAAAUGGAUUUUUAGAUCUAAAAAGAAUGAAUAAGGCUAGUUUUUGAAUUAAAAUAGUUUGUUAUGGCUGUGAUAAAUAGGACUGUAAUAUAUAUUCUUAAAAAAAUGAAUCAACAACAGGGUUUACUUGAGAUACUUAUGUUUUUCCUAUUGUGCGGGAUUGUAACUUCACAAGAAACUAGGAAUUGUGAAUCAGCGAAAAAGGGAAUCGAGGAGAAAUUGAAAGUACAAUUUACAAAAAUUCCCGAUACACCUCAAUUAGGUGAUUUAUGCGGUGAAUCCUGUUGUACAAAAGACGUAGAAAGAGAAGCGUACAAAUUUAAUCAAUUAUUUGUAGAUAAAUAUGUUAAAAAUUCUAUUUCGAAAAUAUCAUCUAUCAUUGAAACGAGAGCUAAGAAGUUCGAUGACCAAUUUCAGGGUAUGAUGAAAACUUCCAAAAAAGAAUUUCACGAGAUGUUCGAACGUACUUACGGCAAAAUCUACCUCAAAAACUCAGAUGUCUUUAGUGAUUUUUUUAACGAAUUGGAAACGUAUUACAAAAAAGGUUCAGUUCGACUUUCCGAAACUAUGGACACCUUUUUUGGCAUCUUAUACCAAAGGAUGUUCACCGUUAUCAAUGCUCAAUAUACAUUUGAUGACAGCUAUCUCGAUUGCGUAUCGAGUCAUAUGCAAGAAAUGAAACCAUUUGGAGAUGUACCCUAUAAGCUUAGUGUACAACUACGACGUUCUUUUGUAGCAACGAGAACUUUUUUUAAAUCAUUAACAAAAGCUGCCGAAGUGGCUGAAAGAUUGGAAGAAAUGAAAGUGGGAGAAGAUUGUUACAAGGAAAGCGCUAAAAUGAGAUACUGUGGUAUAUGUAAGGGUAAAGAUGGGGGUAUUCCCUGUUCAAUGUAUUGCAUAUCAACAAUGCAGAACUGUUUGAGAUAUCAUACAGAAGUAUCUAAUCAUUGGGAUAACUUGAUUGAUGCCAUUGAUAAAGUUGGAGAUCGGCUCCUCGGACCAUAUAAUAUAGAAAUAGUCGUGGAACCCCUUAACAUAAAAAUAUCUGAAGCAAUUAUGAACUUUCAAGAAAGUGGAACUGAAGUUUCGAAAAAAAUUUACAACCUGUGCGGUAAACCUACGUUUAGUCGGCCGAAAAGAGAUUCUGAUUACGACUCGACGCAAGAUACGAAUCCGACGACGGAAAUCAAGAUUGAACCGAUGAAAAACCCCGGAAGAAAGAAACAUAAGAAAACUAUGACUUCGGCAGAAAAUCAAUCGACCCCAUUGGAGAAGAUCAUUAUUGACAUUAAACAGAAAAUUAAAGAAACCAAAUUGUUUUGGAUGAAUCUUCCGUAUCAAUACUGCAAUAACCUAUCCAUAUUAAACUCGAUCAACACGACAUCUUCCUCUCAAUGUUGGAAUGAUACUAAUACAUUUUAUCAAGUGAAAAGUAGUGUCGGUGAUCGGCCUAUUGUGAAUGAACAAAUAUAUAUCCUUCAAGGACUAACUGAAAAACUAAGAAAAGCACAUCAGGGACAAGAAGUAGAAAUGGUGGAUGAUACUGAAGAAAUAUUAGAUGGUAGUGGUUCAGGAUCUGGAGACGGUUCGGAAGAAAGUGAAGAUGAAGAACCAAAGAUGGAAGAUGACAAAGGCAUUACCUUUAUCGACACUAAUUCAGCAGAUGAGGAAGAUAGCAGGGCAUUACCAACGUCAACACCAAGUAGCACGCGACAACCAGAAGUGGUUAGGACAUCGAGUGGCAAUUCUAAUACAAAUAUGACGCUUACGAGAGCGUUGAUAACUUACCUUUUGCCAAUGAUAAUGGCGUGGUUCGGUGGUGCCAUAACAAACUUGCUGUGAUAGGUUAUAAUAAGAUAUUGUGCUUGAGAAUGUGCUGUUUUCACUGUAAAUAUCGAUGUCUAUAUUAUUUUCUUGGUUGAUUUUUGUCGUUUCUAAUAAUUAGUAAAACCAAGAAAUUUUAAUUAUUUUUGUACAUUCUUAUAAACUUGAAAUAUUUCAAUGAUUGUUUUGAAAUUGAUUUACUAUUAGAUUAUUUUGUAAAUAAUUCACUUUUAUUGGUGGUACGAUAGCCUUUUACUAACUGUUACUUUCAAAACGAUUGGUAUCAGUUAUUUACCAAUGAUUUAAACCCGCAAAUCUAUUUGUACCUUUUUGUAUAUUGGUUUGCCAUAAAAUUAUUAAUCUUAAUUUUCUAUUUUAUUCUACAAUAAAUGUUAUAUGCUGCUGGGUUUUAUCAUAUUCAGUUUAUUCAACCAUUAAUAAACUCUUAUUUGAAAUUGAUUAAUAAACUUGUGAAGAAUAUUGAAAUUUAAUCAAAUUGUCAUAUAGAAUACUGUUAUUCUUAUGAUCUGGUAUCACUGGAAUUUCUUUUUAUAUCAUUAGAUUAUUUGAAUUUUUUAUGUUUAUUCUUUAUACAACUAAUCCUACAGGAACAAUGUGUCUCUGGAUAUGUUCAUUGUUAAGAACAUUCAAAGCUACUUGCAAAAAGUUUUUGAUCAAUUGAAAGAUGUAAUAUUGUUCUCAUCUAGUUUAUAGAGCUUUUAAUGUAUUUAACAAGAAUCAAUCUGUUUGUAAUGAAUGUAAUUAAUAUUCAAAAAUUAUUUAUUCAAACAUGUACCCUUUUAUUACUUAUAAUAUUGGUUGACAGGUAAAACAAUGUCUUAAAAUCUCAAUGAGUCAGUACAGUUAUUUCAAAUUUCCAUCUAUUGAUAUUCAAUCUUGUAUGCUCUUUUUUUCAAAGGUUCUUAAAUUGAAUACACAUUAUUUCAAGAGCUACAGCUUCAUAUAGUAUCUCUAUUAUAGACUAGAUCAGGAAACUAGGACCAAACAAUUAUAAUAAGUGUGAAAUUAGCAACAACUUCUCUUAGAGAAUUUUAGUUUUGUGGGGGUACUUAGCUCAAUAUUUUUCUAAUAGUUAAAUAUAACUUAACCAAUACUAUAUUUUUUAUUUAGUUUCCAACUUUUUGUCGAAUGUAAUAAUUCAAACAAUGUUUAAAUAUUUCCCCCAUCUACUUGCCCAGUUGUAUGCCAAUUGACCUUUUGGUCGAUAUUGCAAUCUCUAAUGGUUUAAAACUACAAGGAGAGAGAUAUAAUCCUUGACUGGUAUAGAUUAAAUAUAGAAUCGGGUAAUAAUCUCUUAUUCAGGAGCUCUAUUCCUUGCAAUUGCCAUAGAGAUGUUUGUAUUGUCAAAAAUCGAUCACUCGUAUAUCUUUAGAGAAUAUGUCAUUCAAUAUUCGUCCUGGCAUAUAGCCAGAGUUGGAAUAAAAGUCACACCUUUGUUUCUAAACUAUUAAAUCUGAAACAAAAAUUUAAAAUAUAAUGCUUAACAAUUAGGAAAAAUCAUAAGUAUUUCUUUAAGUAUCUGAAAUGCCGUUGUUUCAAUUUCUGUAGUUCCUCAGCUUGAUUUGUUGUUGCGUUAUCGCCCUUCACCUUAACAUAUUAGACUGCAUUCAUCAUAUAGCGAUUCAAACCAUAACUCAUUACAUUGUGUGUGAAUUUCAAAGGUUGAACAACAACGUUAUGGUAAUCCAUUCAGUAGUCCAUUGUAUAAUUUGAUGCAUGUAGGAGGGAUCUAAACGUCUUUGAGGCAUAUUUCUUACAAAUAACUAACACAUCAACUACCUUUUAAUGUAACUAAAUCAAAACUAAGACAAUUGAACAACAUAAUAUCAGAGUUUGGUUUUUAAUUUCUUAAAGGUGAACGCAAGCAAAAAAAGAAAUACACAAAAACAAAUUUUUUCAUUAUGCAAAACUGAUAAAGAAGCGAAUAUACAACCAUAUUUUUUAAUUUCUAAACCACCUGAGAUAUAAGAUUACUUUGAUACCUAUCAAUUGUUAAGUAGUGUACAUAUUUUUGAAGGAUACUAAAAAAGAAAUGGUGUAUAUUCCAAGGAAGUCGCAAAAAAUAAUGUGUUUUCAUUAAAGUGAUCUGCAAUUUUUUCUCAAUGGAUAAUUUGAUAAUAAUUAUAUACUAAGCUAUACUUCUCACAAUUCUUAUAUAUGAGUCAAUAUUUUAAAUAUAUAACAAACAAUAUAUCUCUGAUAAAAUUUUAAUUGUAAUAAAUCAUUUGUAUAUUUUUGUUUAUAAAAUUCAAACUUUUGAAUUGUACCAGUGAAAACAGAAAAUAUCUCUAACUGUUCUUAUUUUUAUUGUAUAUAGUCAACCAUAUUUUGUACAUAAAAAGUGUUGAAUGUGAAUUAAAAGGGACCCCAAUUUUUAUUUCUUUAGAACUGUAUCAAUGUGGCAUUCAUGUUUGGAAGAGAAGAAGACUUGAUGUUGGCUACCACUUAGCCAGAUAUGCACUGAGUGAAAUGAUAUUUUUAAUAUUUAUGUAAUAUUGUGAUAGUAUUUAUGAGUAAAGAGAUACUCUCGA